AUGAACGUGCAUUUUUCGCUGAAGAGGGAGCUAUGUCCGUUUUAUCUCGGUCUGGUGACUUCCACGGCGAUUCAGAUGGUGUUUGGGGAUACGAUAGCCCUUGUGUUGAUGGCGGCGAGGAAUCUGACACAGGAGGAGUAUGGAGCUAAUCAUCCUGCGGGGAGGAUUGGUGAUAUAAGAUUGGAAUCACACCAACUUAAGAUCACUUGA